CAUUUUGUGACACUGAUGCUCUUUUUGGGCAUGGCCAACGCCUACGUGAUGAGGUCGAACAUGUCGGUGGCAAUUGUGGCUAUGGUCAAUCAGACAGCUCUGCCCAAGGAUGACAAUGUCGUGGACGAUGAGUGCGGGUACUGGCGCUACGGCUCAACAACGGCACCAAAGCUAAUGAGCAAUAAAGGAUCCUACGUCUGGGACACAACUCUGCAAGGAUACAUCUUGAGCUCCUUCUUCUAUGGUUACGUCUUAACGCAGAUCCCAUUCGGUAUCCUGUCUAAGAAGUUUGGUGCUCGGUACUUUCUCGGUGUCGGGAUGCUGAUAAACUCCGUGUUCGGGUUCCUAGUUCCUGUCUCUGCCAAUCACGGUUUUGGAUGGCUCUGUGUCGUCCGGUUCAUCCAAGGGCUUGGAGAGGGUCCGAUUGUGCCUUGCACUCACGCCAUGCUUGCGAAGUGGGUGCCACCAAAUGAGCGCAGUCGGAUGGGAGCAUUCGUCUAUGCAGGUGCGCAGUUCGGAACUGUGAUCUCUAUGCCAGUGAGCGGCUUCCUGGCAGAGCACGGGUUCGACGGGGGCUGGCCCUCCAUUUUCUACAUUUUCGGCCUGGUAGGAGCCAUCUGGUCCAUCGCCUUUCUGUUCUGGGUGGAUGAAGACCCGGAGACUUGCCGCAAUAUCAAGGAAGACGAACAGAAGUAUAUCAUCAACUCAGUCUGGGGUUCUGCUGGCAUCUCGUCUCCGCCGGUGCCCUGGAUGUCUAUCCUCAAGUCUCUGCCAUUCUGGGCUAUCCUCAUCUCACACAUGGGACAGAACUACGGCUACGAGACUCUCAUGACGGAGCUGCCCACCUUCAUGAAACAAGUGCUCCACUUCAACAUCAAAGAGAAUGGAACAAUGUCAGCUCUGCCGUACCUUGCCAUGUGGAUCCUGUCCAUCGUUAUCAGUUUCUUCGCCGACCACAUGAUCCAGAACGGCAGGCUCAGCCACACCAUGGUCCGCAAGAUCGCCAACGGCAUCGGUCAGUAUGGGCCAGCCAUCGCCUUAGUUGCAGCCUCCUACACGGGUUGCAACCCCUACAUGACCGUAGCUAUCCUGACCUUGGGGGUGGGUCUCAACGGCGGAAUCUAUUCCGGUUUCAAGGUGAACCACUUGGACAUCUCCCCGAGGUUCGCCGGAAUACUCAUGUCUUUCACCAACUGCCUGGGCAACCUGGCCGGCCUCUUGGCGCCCAUCACGGCAGGCUACAUCAUCCACGGCAGGCCUACGCAAGCUGCUUGGCGUGAGGUUUUCUUCAUCUCCGCAGGCGUGUACUUUGUGUGUCAGACCUUCUACCAAGUGUUCGGCACAGCUGUGCGGCAACCGUGGGACAACCCUCAAGCCGAUUUAGAUAAAGCCUCUCUUCGGCCGGACAGCGAGAACCCCCGCGCCAAGGACACGCAAGAGACGCAACACUGAUACGCACAGACUCUGUUGUUGUUUAUUUAUAAGUGUUUGAACUGCUCUCUGAGCGUUCUUCGUUGUUCUCUUCAGUUCGGUUCUUGUUUGAUUUGUCUUCUUGGUAAAACCGGUUGGAAGAAAUAUGUUCUGUCGCUUUAAAAAGAAAUCGAACAAAUUAAAUAAGAACUGACCUAAAACUAGCGUUGUGAGUCGAAUGACAUAUUUAUUGCGUGACUACUACGGGCUGUGAGUAGAGUGGGUGGGCUGAGUGAAAGACGUCGCGAACGGUAGAAAUGUAAGAAGUGUUAUAUACUUAGCGUAAUCCUAAGUACGCUGAUAUUUGUUAUUUUUAUAAACUAGUUUUGUAAGCAGAUGGCCUAGGGUAAAGUGAAUUAGUGCACCGAAGUGCAAUCGUUCAGAAGACCGAUAUUAAAGUUCAGCCACUUUCGGCUCUACUUAUUGUAUUAUUUUUAUUUAUUUGGAUUUAGUUAUUAUUUUUAAUUAAUAAUUAAAUACUUGUUAACGUAGACUAUAGUAGUACAUUCCACAAUGGAAAUAUUGUGUAAUUUUAUAAUUCAGAAGAAUUUAUAUACCAAAUUAAAAGGUACGAUUUUAAAUCCACUGACA